AUGCCGGCCGCACCGUCUCAUCUGUUCACCGAAGAUGUCCCAAAGCCUGAACUAGACAACCCGGAAUCUGAUGGGUUGCUGCACCCUCAUCAUUCGGGCCCCCAUGCCAACUUUGCCGAGCGUGCAAAUGCAUUGGUCAACGCGACAUUGGGACGCACCCCGGAUGGCGCAUCUGUAAUCGACCCAGACUCGAUUCUCGACGAGUCCGGAAGACUAUAUCACGGAUACAAGGACGGGAAAUAUUUAUUACCAAACGACGCUGCAGAACAGGACCGUUUGGAUGUCCAGCACAAGGUCUGCCUCCUUGCCUUGGACGGAUGGCUCGCACUAGCUCCGUAUUCCAGAACACCAAAGCACGUCUUGGAUAUCGCUACGGGUACCGGCAUCUGGGCUCUCGACUAUGCUGAACGAUACCCCGACGCGGAAGUCAUUGGUAUAGACCUAAGUGCGAUACAACCAGACAGGGGUUUCCCGAACUGCAGCUUCCAAAAAGAUGAUGCAGAAGCGGAUUGGGUCUUUCGCGAAGCAGGAAAGCCCGAUCCCAUUCUCUUCGACUAUGUCCAUGCACGCUUAGUGAUGUCUUGCUUCGACGACACGAGAAAUGUCAUGAGGCAUGCUUUUAAGAACAUGCAACCGGGUGGUUGGAUUGAGUUUCAAGACAUUGUUGUGGAUACAUGGGCACCCAAUAACCUAGAUUCACCUUUUGCUCGAUGGUGGGACAGCAUGAACCAAGGCGCAUUCACGAUAGGGCGGGAUCUCAACAGGCCAAAAAGUUAUAAGAAAUGGUUGGAAGAAGUCGGCUUCGUCGAUGUACGAGAGCGUAAAAUCAUAACUCCAUGCAACCCUUGGCCAAAGGAUAAGAAGUGGAAAGAGAUUGGAGCAUUCCAGCUGCUGAAUCUGUUCGAGGGCAUGAGACCAAUCGCAUGGAAGAUGCUCAGGCUUGCGGGAUGGGAACCCGAAGCAAUUGACGCCUUGAUCACUGAGGCCAAGGAAUAUCUCAGAAACAUCAAAAAUCAUCCCACGGCAGACCUGUGA